AGGCAAUGAGUUCUUUCCCUGUAAGUUGGGCACAAAAAGGUCAGCCUGGGAGCAGUCUCCUUUGGGACAGCUGCUCUGAGGAAAUGCAGUAAGGAGCAGGCAGAAAGUCCUGGAGCAGAGGGUGACUCAUGGGAGGAGUUAGUUCGGCUUGCUAAGUACUGUCAUUUGCUGAGUGCAGGUGUGUGCGCAAGAAGGAGUUGUAACCUGGAGGAUCAUUAACUCUUUCAGUCAGCUGGCGACUCCAGUGGCUCGGCAAAUUCCUCCUGGAAGCGCCUGCUCUGGGAAGGUCAGGGAGGAGGAGCGGAAGCACUUGUCCAUGGGGGACCACUUUGAGAAGGGCCAGCAUGCUUUGCUCAACGAAGGAGAAGAGAAUGAGAUGGAGAUAUUCGGCUACCAGACUCACGGCUGCCGGAAAACCCUCUGCCUUGCUGGAUCCAUCUUCUCAUUUGGGAUCCUCCCCUUGGUGUUUUACUGGAAACCUGCUUGGCAUGUGUGGGCAAAUUGUGUCCCGUGUUCCUUGCAAGAAGCAGACAUCGUGUUGCUAAGGACAACAGAUGAAUUCCAAACCUACUCUCGGAAAAAGGUAAUGUGGAUCUACCUGUCAGCAUUGAACAGCACAUUUGGUCUCACUCCUGACCACCCUCUCAUUACAGAUGAGGAGUGUCUCAUAAAUAGAGCUAUAAGAAAGCCAGAACUAAAGGUGAGAUACAUAAAAGUGCAGAAAAUAAGAUAUGUUUGGAACAACUUAGAAGGACAGUUCCAGAAAAUUGGCUCGUUGGAAGACUGGCUCAGUUCUGCCAAGAUACAUCUAAAAUUUGGAUCAGGUCUAACAAGAGAAGAACAAGAGAUUAGGAGGUUAAUAUGUGGGCCUAAUACUAUUGAUGUUGAAAUCACACCGAUUUGGAAACUGCUCAUCAAAGAGGUUUUAAAUCCGUUUUACAUAUUUCAACUCUUCAGUGUUUGUUUGUGGUUUAGUGAAGACUAUAAGGAAUAUGCUUUUGCCAUCAUAAUUAUGUCCACCAUUUCCAUAGCUUUGACAGUAUAUGAUCUCAGAACGCAAUCUGUAAAACUCUACCGUCUAGUUGAGUCACAUAAUAGCAUUACAGUCCCUGUAUGUGGGAGAAAAGCUGGAGUCGAAGAGCUGGAAUCACGCUUUCUCGUCCCCGGAGAUCUAUUAAUUUUGACAGGGAACAGAGUGCAAAUGCCAUGUGAUGCCGUUCUGCUUGAUGGCAGCUGUGUGGUGAAUGAAGGCAUGCUGACAGGAGAAAGUAUCCCAGUCACUAAGACUCCAUUACCUCAGAUGGAUGGCUCUGUGCCCUGGAAAACACAGAGUGAAGCGGAUUACAAACGGCACAUCCUCUUCUGUGGAACAGAGGUUAUCCAGGCCAAGGGAGCUUGCUCCAGGACUGUGAAAGCUGUGGUACUGCAGACUGGAUUCAACACUGCAAAGGGGGACCUCGUGAGAUCCAUCUUGUAUCCCAAGUCGAUGAACUUCAAGCUCUACAGGGAUGCCAUCAGGUUUCUCCUGUGCCUCGUAGCAACUGCCACCAUUGGGAUGAUCUAUACUUUAUGUGUCUACGUGCUCAGCGGGAAAGCUCCCGGGGAGGUGGUGAGGAAAGCCCUGGAUGUCAUCACAAUUGCAGUUCCUCCUGCUCUACCUGCCGCCCUGACCACAGGCAUUAUCUAUGCCCAGAAGAGACUAAAGAAGAAAGGCAUCUUUUGCAUCAGUCCCCAGAGGAUCAAUGUAUGUGGGCAAUUAAACCUUGUCUGCUUUGACAAGACAGGCACCUUGACAAGGGAGGGCUUGGAUGUCUGGGGAGUCAUGCCCUGCAAUAAGAAUGGCUUCCAGGAGGUCCACAGCUUUGCCUCAGGCAGGGCUCUGCCCUGGGGCCCACUGUGUGCCUCCAUGGCCAGCUGCCACUCUCUGAUCCUCCUCGAUGAGACCAUCCAGGGAGACCCUCUGGACCUCAAAAUGUUUGAAGCCACCAACUGGGAAAUGGCUAUUUCUGGGGACAAUUUCCACAUCAAGGAAGUGCCGGCACACGCCAUGGUAGUUAAGCCCAGCAAAACAGCCAGCCAGGUCCCAGUGGAAGGAAUUGCAAUCCUGCAUCAGUUCCCAUUCUCAUCAGCCCUGCAGAGGAUGACAGUCAUUGUCCAAGAGAUGGGGGGUGACCGGUUGGCAUUCAUGAAAGGUGCACCAGAGAAGGUGGCCAGCUUUUGUCAACCUGAGACAGUGCCAGCUAGUUUUGUUAGUGAACUUCAGAUUUACACAACACAGGGCUUCCGGGUCAUAGCACUGGCCUACAAAAAGCUGGAAAUGGACCACCACACCACUGCCUUGAUGAGGGACCAGGUAGAAGCAGACCUGAUAUUUCUGGGAUUGCUGAUCUUGGAGAAUCGAUUGAAGGAAGAGACAAAACCUGUCCUGGAAGAGCUCAUCUCAGCCCGGAUAAGGACAGUAAUGAUCACAGGUGACAAUCUUCAGACUGCAAUAACAGUGGCCAGAAAUUCUGGAAUGGUUUCCGAAGGCCAGAAAGUCAUUCUCAUUGAAGCGAGUGAAAGUACUGGGUCCUCAUCAGCAUCCAUAUCUUGGAAAUUAGUAGAAGAGAAGAAGCCCACUGCAUAUGGGAAUCAGGACAAUUACAUUAACAUCAGGGAAGAAGUCUCUGAAAAUAGCAGAGAAGAAAGUUACCAUUUUGCCCUAAGUGGAAAAUCCUUUCAGGUUAUAAGUCAACAUUUCAGCAGCCUAUUGCCAAAGAUACUGAUGAAUGGGACUAUCUUUGCAAGAAUGUCUCCUGGGCAGAAAUCCAGUCUGGUGGAAGAAUUUCAGAAACUGGAUUACUUUGUAGGUAUGUGCGGCGAUGGAGCCAAUGACUGUGGGGCUUUGAAAAUGGCUCACGUGGGCAUCUCUUUAUCAGAGCACGAGGCAUCUGUGGCCUCACCUUUCACUUCCAAAACUCCAAACAUUGCGUGUGUACCUCAACUGAUCAAGGAAGGACGUGCUGCCUUCGUUACCUCAUUUUGCAUGUUUAAGUACAUGGCUCUGUACAGCAUAAUUCAGUAUGUUGGUGUUCUGCUGCUCUACUGGGAGACCAACAGCCUGUCAAAUUACCAGUUUCUGUUCCAGGAUCUGGCCAUUACAACUCUUAUUGGUGCAACAAUGAAUUUGAAUGGUGCCUACCCCAAGCUAGUGCCUUUCAGACCUGUGGGAAGGCUGAUCUCCCCACCUUUGCUGCUCUCUGUGAUUUUCAACAUACUUCUCAGCCUGGCCAUGCAGACUGUGGGCUUCAUUCUGGUCCAGAGGCAGCCUUGGUACAACAUGGGGAUGCACAGUGCCUGCACAAUGCAAAAUAAAAGCAUUUCAAAUUUAACCACGCCACCAACUGCUCCAGGAAAAGUUGAAAGUAAUGAUGGCUUCCCAAGUUUUGAGAACACAACUAUAUGGUUCUUGGGAACAAUCAACUGCAUUAUUGUGGCUCUUAUCUUCUCUAAAGGAAAACCAUUUAGGCAACCGACCUAUAAAAACUAUAUAUUUGUCCUUGUGCUGAUUGUACAGCUGGCUGUGUGUCUAUUCAUCCUAUUUGCUGAUAUUCCAGAUUUAUAUAGGCGUUUGGAUUUGCUCUGCACUCCUAUCCUGUGGAGGGUCUGCAUUGUCAUUAUGCUCAGCUGCAAUUUCAUCGUGUCCCUUAUUGUGGAGGAGGCCAUUAUUGAAAACCGAGCCCUAUGGAUGACAAUCAAAAGGUACUUUGGCUAUCGAUCAAAAAGCCAGUAUCGGAUAUGGCACCGGGCCUUGGCAAAUGACCCUACUUGGCCCCCACUGAACCAAAUGUCUCCCUCUGACCUGCCGGAAUGUGGCAAGGAAGUGUCUUACAGCAACCCGGUGUUUGAGAGCAACGAGGAACAACUCUGAAGGCAAUGGGAUACUCAAGUUGAGAAAACAUAGAAACAAUGACAAAAGGGACCAGUUUCAGCGAUAUUUUUUAAGCAAUGAGACUCUUACAAUAUCAGCAGGAAUUUUUGGAAUCAAGCACCUAUUCAAUCGUGGUGACAAAUUAAAGUCUGUUUGAUAAAAUACUUUCUGCUGAGCAGAACUCUGCCCCAGGAGAGUGCCUUUCUCUUGGCCUCUGAAAGUAUUGGACGUGUUCAGUGAAUCGAGACUGGGCCAAGAAUGGCGAUGGGCCAAGAGACUGGAAAGCUAAAGGAGAAGAUGUACUCUUUCAUCUUAGAUAAUAUAUUUUUUAAAUGAGUUGAGGGAAAGUAGCACUAUGUAUAGUCAUAGAAUCAUAGCAUGUUAAAGAUCAGUUUUGAGUUCUUAUUUCAUUGAUGGAGAAACGAAUGUGUGGAAACCAUCACAGUCUUCACUAUCUAGUUUCCUUCCCUUUGCAGUACUUUUCAGAUUUGAGACAUUUCUUUCUACUUCUGGCCUUCUCCACAUAUUAGUAAGGAUUGCCUAAGCUGAUGCUGCAGUAACAAACAACUCCCAUAUCUCAGUGACUUAACACACAAGUUCUUUUUCUUGGUUCAGAUGACUCUUUAGAAGAAGAGAGGUGACUGCUCCAAUCGGAUGGCUCCGUCCACCCAACACAAAGACGCGAGAGGGAAGGAAGAGAAUGGAGAUCAAACAAGGGUUCUUCACUGCCUGACCCCAAGAGUGGCACAUAUCUCUUCCACCACUCACAUCUCAUUAACUGGGGGUGGCAGAGGAACUGGGGAGUACAGUCUCCUGUAUUUAGGGUUGGCUUCAUGGGCAUAUGACCUGUGCUGUCACACAGGGCCCCUGCUUUGACAUGUGGGGCCCACUCUUGGUUUAAUGCCCUGCCGUUGUCAUCUUUAAAUUAUUUGAAUAAAGGUUGUUACAUUUUCA